AGCAAAAGCCCGCGCGCCCCGGUCUCCGGCCCUGGCAGGGUGCGGGGCCGGGAUGGCGUCGGCCCUGGACGUGUCCAGCCUGGCUGAGGACCUGCUGUGCCCCAUCUGCCUCUCCCUCUUCCGGGAGCCCCGCAUGCUGGAGUGCGGGCACAGCUUCUGCGCCGCCUGCCUGGAGCCCUGCGUCCCCCGGGGGCAGCGGCGUGGGCUGUGCCCCGAAUGCCGGCGCCCCUUCGCCCUGCGCAGCGUGGCCACCAACUGGGCCCUGCGCAGUCUGGCUGAGGAAGCCCGGCUGCUCAAGCUGGACCAGGGGGCCCCAGCGGGAUCAGGGAGGACCACAUGGUCCAUUUGCCCUGAACACCAGGAACCCCUCAAACUCUUCUGCUGCCAGGACGAGGGGCCCGUCUGCGUGAUCUGCCGGGACCUGCCCCAGCACCGGGGCCACGACUUCCUGACCGUCGCAAACGCCGUCCAGAAAUACCAGGACAAGCUCACGGCAUCUUUGGCCCCCCUCACGGAGCAUCUGAAUUCAACCACGGAAGUUCAACGCCACCAGCAGGAGAACCUAGUGGAGCUGGAGAGCUGCGCCCAGGACCUCUUGGGCUACAUCUCCGAGGAGUUUGAGGCUCUCCACCAGAUCCUGCGGGAGCAGGAGGAGGGCAUGAAGGAGGCCGUGACGAGCCUGGAGGAGGAGAACCGGGAGGAGAUGGAGGAGAGGCUGAAGGAGCUGGACGAAGAGGUGGCCUCUCGUUGCGAGACCCUGUCCAGGGUCCAGGCGGAAAUGGACCCGGCAGAUCCUGUGGCCUUCCUCCGGGGCAUCAAGGAGCUGAUGAGAAGGUGAGUGUGUGCGUGUCCCACACUU